AUAAUUUCAGCAUGCUUCGUUGAUAAAAUCACAUCCGUUUUACAAAUUCAAAGUUUUUAAAUAAAUUUUUAAAGAAAAAAGAAAAAAAAAGAGAUUAUGAUUCUAUUAAGAAAACUUUUGAGUUAUUUUAGUCUAAAAUGGGGUAUACUAUUAAUCGCUGUGAUCGAUAUUGUAAUAUGUGUAGUAGGACUUUACGACACAGAAAAACUAGACAACGAAGCUUGGUAUUAUUGUAUGCUUUCAGCUUAUAGUUCCCAUAUUACGGGCUGCAGCCUGCUAAUCAUUGCGGUUUUUCUGAACAAAAGAAUAUUAGUCCUAUUGUAUUUGGUUACGAUCAUUAUUCGACUCAUUUACACCUCUGCUAUUUUUAUAUGGAUGAACGUAACGCACUCAUAUCGUCCUACUCUAUGCAUCUUAGAAUAUUUAAUUCUGACAGUCAGCCUUUAUUUUUGGUUCUGCGCAUACUCUUGGUACAAAGCUCUCGGUAUAGAGUCAUCACUGGAGGCAGAAUCAGCAUCAAGCUCGCAAAAAGGCAAUAACACACAGGCAACUUGACAAGAAUAUAUAAAUCUAUUUUUAAUAACUGUAUAAAUGCAAUCUUUUAAAUGAAAUAAAAGUGG